AUGGCCUCCUUCUCUGAAAACCUCAACACCCCCUCGCCCUCCUCCCAAGUCGAAGUGUUGACAGCUGAGUAUGCAACACCAAAGAAUUCCCUGAAUCAGGUUUCUCUUUGGGAUGAUAUUAUACCUUCAAAAGAGCAUGCGAGAUUCUGGAUUCAUACCACAAACAAGUACCGAUUCACUGAUCAGGGAAGCAAUCGCCGGGGAAAAGAAAUCAACUUGACAUUGCACUGGCAUGUCAUGCCCAAGACUGGAAACAUGUUUGCGGACAAAAUAGUCAUGACCGGUUCCGCUUGCCAGAAGAAUACAGAUAAGGAUGAUUCAGGGGUGUUCUUUUGCUGCAACUUCAGUUUAAGUCCCAAGGGAUGA